GACGCUUUGCGCCGAGACCAAAUCGGAUCGAUGGCCGCGCGCUGGAGCCGUGGUGCGCUGCGCGUGUUGGUCAUAUUCGGGCAGAUGGUGAAGUAUUACAGCCGACUUGUGUGAGGGAAGGUGGUGCUUGUUCGCCUGGUGAAUCUACACGGUGAAGCGACCACCCGAAGCAUAAAAAUCGCCGCUGACCACCGACGGAAGGAAAGCACGCUGUGUUGAAAAGUGCAAGCACGACAACGUGGUUUGUAAACAAUCGAGAAAGUAUUUGAGAAAAAAAAACUUCGCCGAAAUGCUUACGGCAAAUCAGUGACCUCAUAUUACUCACAUUUUUCAAACAAUGGCGGUUGCGGUGGCACUGGCAGGCCUGGUGACCGUGCUCGUCCAAGGAGCAGUCUCCGAUUCAUCCACCUGCAACAAUCAGACGGGUUUUCGGUAUCAGUUCACCGAGUGUGAUGAGUCCGGUGGUCGGUGGCGAGUGUCUGUCCCCUCGGCGACCGCGUGCUUCAACAGUCCGCCGCCGCCGCCUACCCGGGUCAGCGACUGCACGCCGUCCUGCAAGCCGGGCCGCUUCUUCAACCUGACCUCGCUGAGCUGCGGCAAGUGUCCGGCGGGCUCGUACUCGCUGGGCGGAGGUCAGGUGUUUGACGAGUGGGCCAAGGUGCCCGACGGCUUCCAAGUGGUCACCGAGCCAUUCAAGACGUCCUUCCUCAACGUGAAGCGACUCGGUGCCGACAUCAACUGCGACGAUUUCGGCUGGCAGCCGCGCGGCGAGGUGCUCUCGUCGGCUGGCGGGCCUUGCUCCUCCGCCCUGGUGUACGCCGUUCACCUCGUGGAGCACGGCAAACUCAUGUUUGAGUAUCAGAACACCAACCCGGACGUACUCUUCAAGUUUCUGCCGCAGGACGACCAGUGCCAGCAACUGGUCGGUCUCGAGGACAGCACGUGGCCGGCACUCACCAAGGAGGGCGAGUGGAAGAACAUCACCGUGCCGCUCAAAAAGGGUCUCAACGUGCUCCAUUGGAAAACCAUCGGCAUGGACCUGCACACCGGCAGGGCGGUGCUCAUCAAGCGGAUUGAGAUCAGCGGAGUGGCAUACACCUCUUCCUGCACGCCGUGCAAGGCGGGUACGUACAGCCACAGCGCGCAGAGCCGCUGUCGCCGCUGUGCGGUCAACACGCACUCUCAGCGCGGUGCGUCGCAGUGCCAGCCGUGCAACAAGAAGACAGAGUACGCUCCGCGCGGCUCGCCCAAGUGCUACAAGCGCCAGCCAUGCUCGUCGGCCGACUACUACGAACUGCACUCGCCCUGUGUCCAGAACAAGACCCGACUGGAGUACCACUGGGUGGAGCCCAAGAUAUGCCGCGAGGACCUGCCCGGGGCUGAGACCCUGCCACCGUCCGGGAGCGAGAAGCCGUGCCCGCCCUGCAGCCCGGGCAUGCAGCACGGAGACAGCCUCAAGUGCGAGUUUUGCGGCCGGGGCGCGUUCAGCGACGGUACAGCCCGCUGCCAGGCGUGUCCGCCCAACACGGCACCCGACUACGGCUACCACCUGACAUCGUGGAGCUCACUGCCGCCCGACGUCACAGCCACCUGCAUGAGCUUCGACAAUGUGGGCUGCAGCAGCAGCAAGAGCUGGCAGGCGGCCGGCGACCACGUGCACUCGGGCCGCGGCCAGGCGGACGGCGUGUACCUGGUGCUGUCGCUGGUUGUGGCCGGGUUCCGCUCGGCCGGCGGCGUGCAGAACGGCGCCGCCAGGCAGGUCGGAGACGUCAGCUUCAGCUUCGAGGUCGACUGCAAGAGGGACUGCGAGUUCGCCUUUAUGCAGUCGACUGAGGACACACAGCUGUCGGUGGUGAAGUCAUGGACGGGCCGCCAGGAGAGGCAGCGGUUCACCUACCCCAUCACCCACAACACGAGCUACACGUUCAGCUGGGUGUUCCAGAAGAUGGGCUGGGACGAGGCGAUGACCGUGCUGUCCAGCAGCCGGCUGUACGACCGCGACAUGGUGCGCAUCUACAGCAUCAACGUGACCAACACCAUCGACGGCGGCGCCGCCUCCUGCCUGCCCUGCCCGCAGGGCACCAAGGACCAGUCGUGCGUGCCGUGUCCGCCGGGCCACUACGUGGAGGCGGCCGGCAGCGGCUCGCGGUGUGUCCGCUGUCCGCCGGACACCGUGGUGAUGGGGCCGCUGAGCUACGGGCGCGACUCGUGCCAGCCGUGCGGACCGGGCCUCUCCAGCUCCGACGGAGAGCGCUGCACCACCAGCUGCAAGGCCAACGUCAGCGGCCGCGUGUUCGACUUCUCCAGACUGAACAAGCCGUUCCCGAUAGAGGGCAGCACACUGUUCACGGCGUCAGGCACCCAGUACUUCCACCUGUUCAACAUGAGCCUCUGCGGCGGCGCGCAGGCCACCUGCAAGAACAACGUCUCCUACCACGACGACGGCGUCGACCGCGCUGUGGUUGCGGAGUCGUUCCUGUGCCGCAGCACGGUGGUGCCGGCUCACGGCGAGGACGGCUCGCGCCAGUCGUACUCUGUCCAGUCGGUCAGUCUGGCCGACCAUCUACUGGGUGUCACCGAAGAGCUUCAACUCGGCGACGCAGAGGUCUACCCAGAGUUUAGGCCCAAAAGCACAGACUCGCUCGACCUGCAUCUCUUCUUCACGUCGCCAUUCUCGACCCGGGCGUGUCCCAAUGGCCGGUCGGCCACGGUGACUGUGCGGUACAACCCGGAGCGGCCCGGCAACGGCACCGUGCUGCUGCCAUCCCGCUGUCCGGACGGCACCUGCGACGGCUGCAUCUUCCACUUCCUCUGGGAGACGGCGCUAGCCGGACCCGCCUGUCUGGAGACAGACUACGUUGUGGUGAAAGGAGAGUGCGAGGGCGGGCAGCAGGAGCUGCACUACCUGCCACCAAAGAACUGCAUCGCGCCACAGACCCUGUCCGAACAGACCAAGAAGGUCGCCUGCAAGACCCACCUGCCUUUCACCAUACAGGUGACAAUUGUGGGAGCAGUGUCGUUCGCGCUGUGCUUCUUCCUCCUGCUAUGCCACUUCUAUAAGAAGAACCAGAAUCUCGAGUAUAAAUAUAUGAAGCUCGUCAAGUCGGCCGGGAGCAAGGACCAGGACGGCAACAUGGUGCUGCCCUCUGCCGAGUCGUGCGCGCUGGACGAGGGUGAGGAGGACGACGUUCAGAUCCACCAGGGACGCACCACCUCCGGCGGACUCUUCAGCCGCAUCAAACAUCUCGCCAACGACAAGGUGAGGAACCCGCUGGAAGUGAUGCAGCUGGCAGAGCAUCAGCCUCUCACCUAAGUACCGCUCAAGCGCCAGGCAUGGACUAGGGCACCACCAUCGCAUAGUGGUGGGCGUUGACCGUAAUACCGAGCAGCUAUAGCUGGCGGUACGCCUCAAAGAGAGAAGAAUACGACUAGCUGUGACGGACUACGAUAGGAAACGGCUCCUAGUCCGAGUGCAACUUCCUCGAGAAGUUUCAUCCACAGGUUUUCGAUGACAACUAACCGAUGCUUGAGCGACAUGGUCAAGGUGGCGCCACGAGAGCGCCAAACAACGGCCACCUGCGCCGCAGUUUUGCGAUCUCGCGGGCUUCACGGAUACUGUUCAGCCCCGUCAUUUGUGUGGCUCAUUCGGAAAUCGGUCCUUCGGUGCAGGGGGAAAUCCCACCGCACAAAGUACAUUGAGUGGGUUAUUUUUGCGCAUGAGACUGAAUCCGAACUGUGGAAAGGUGGUGAGCAUGUACUCAAACCGACUCUUCCCAGAGUGGUCAUGAUUGUCAGUUCGGAAUUUCAGAGACGGCGAUUUGAUGUUGGACGUCGGCCAUGGGCCGAAUUCUCAGCGGGUACGUUACCCAAGUUACACGGACAACAGGGUGGCGGUCGGUCGUAUCAGUGUCUGCGAGCAGCAGACACAACUCGGUGUGGUGUGCGCUUCUCGGUCGUUGUUCUUCAGUGACACGCGGUAUAUCCGGACAGAGGCAGGCAGCGGGUGAUAGGCGUCUGGCCUGGCCGAUAUGUUUGUCACCACGUGUCGUGCGCGGUAACUUUGUGAGUGGAUGUGUGCAAUGUAUGUGCUUGGUGUUGGUCUGAGGAUCAUGCUGUCGCAUUAUGUAACCAGCUAUGAGGGCAGGAACCUACCGAAGAAACGCACCGAUCGACUCCGGGAACUGCUUAUGCAUGUCAGGCCGCGGAGCUGAAUGUAAGUAUCUAUUUGAACGGCGUGCGUGUAUGUAUACUGUAUGCAUACUGUGUACUCUGUAUGCAUUAGAAGUCGCAGAGAGCAUAUUUUGCCAACUUGCACGGUGGUGCAUUUUGAACCCUAAAUGUGAUUUGUACUGCGUGCUUUUAGUUUUCCCUAAAGGUGUGUUGGUAGACUGAGUCAAAAUUGCCUAGUCAAAGAUCUAUCGUGUAUCCAUUGAUCCCAACGACUGUGAUGCAGGAUGUCUGAUAUAUAAAUACAUAAAAGGAUGUUCCA